AUGACGAUUCCGGCGCAAGGUUCAAAUGCCCGAAAAUCGUCGUCGGCAUAUGCUCCCAAAUUCAAGAAUCCUGUUCCGCUACCGCCUAUUGACGAUUUCCGUCUCUCCAACAUCCUUGCUAAGAGCCUCGCUGACCACUCAGAAGCCGUGGCUCAGUCCCUACUAAAUGUUACAACCAAGUUCCAAACUGAUCUACGGACAGAAAUCCGUCGGGCUCUCACUAUCGAGCAGAAAAUCCAGUAUAAAAACAUCCAAGUAGCCAAAUUGGCCCAUUCCAUCCAGAAGGAGCUAGAACUGCGUUCGAAACGCUUUGAUCGUGUGUCUCGUACAAGUGAUGACAAAAACCGCCGGAUCUCGUCAUCAUCGGGUUUGUCAUCUGAUGUAGACAGAGUUCUUGAGCUAUCGUUGAAAGUCUCUGCAUCCAUGCAGAGUUUGGGUGUUCGUUUGGCAAGGAUAGAUCGUGGAAACGGAGGUUCUGGGUUUCCGAAUCCUCACAAGUAUCCCAAGUUGGCCAAACUUCUAGAGAAAUUAGAUCCGGAGAGUGUGGUGGAGUCUCACAUGGAUGAUUGUGAUGUUUACUCUGCGUCACUGGAAGAGCCCUUAAUAAUUGAGGAUUAUGUGAAUGGGAGCGAUUAUAAUAAUGGAUUGGAGGAUGCCUCUACGCCCGGAUACGUGGAAAUACGUGAAAUUGAACACGUAAAUGGUGGUGUACAAAUGAAUAUCUCCAGACCGUUGGAGGAUGAGGCUUCAUUGUCUCAAAAUGGUCUGGUUCCUAGUAAGAUACUUGGGUCAGGAUCGCCCAGAUCAGAAUCUUUAAAUACAAAAGCUUCGGACUCAAAGACCUCGAACUCCAAUUCAGCUUCCAAAUCUUCAACAUACAAGUCUAAGAAGUUGAAUUCUUCAAGAUCUAAGUCUCCAAAGUCAAGUUCUUCAAGGUCAAAAUCUCCUCUAGCAGAAUCCUCGAAGUCUGAUGUGGACGCUGUGGAUACUACUCAGAUUGGCAUUGUACAUGCGAAAGGAAUUUCCGCUCCUGACCUACCUCUACAACCGGAAGAAGAAACAGAAGAACUCGAUGCGGAAGCAUUUGAGCUCCUAAUUGAUACAAAUGUGGAGAAAUACCGCCAGUUGAGGGACAAACAAUAUGAGAACCUUGACAUUUUUGGAUCCCUGUCAACGAAAUAUAGAAGUCCUGCUAAUCCGUUGAGACUACUCUUCUCAUCGACAAUUCUUGAAAAUAGCGAUAUGCUACUGACUCUCGCAAAUGAUGCUGAAGGACUCCAUAGUCCAUUUGCUCCAGCCAAGGCUAUUCCUACUGUGUCCGAGACACCUCUGAUGUCACUUCACAAGAAACUUCGAAUUAAUGCCCUUCCGAUGAAAUAUUCGUCUCUGGUUUUAUCUAAGCAGUGUGAAUGUGCCUCAUCGGACUCACCAGCUAGAAAAGCUUUGGAAGCAACUCUAUUAAAGCAGAGACAACGAGAAUUGAACGAUGACGAUGAGCUCUGGAGUUCGUCGGGUCUCCACACUGAAACAGAAGAGAACGAAACAGACCAGCUACUGUGGAGUAACUCGUCAGACCCAGAUAGCUCCUCGGAUUCCGAGGAUGAUGCUACCAGCAACACCAACCAGUACUAUUUGUCGCUAAAGAAAGACCUCAAGUCAAAGCAAAGAAGGAGAGCCAAAAAGAGAGCCAAUGUGGGUUUCAGAAAUGAAAAUUCCCCUACACCAAAGCAUCAGCCAUCUCACCGAACUCUCAGACCCAAACAGUCCAUUCUCAAAAUGAAGAGUGCUGUUAAGACAACAGGAAAAAUCGGUAAAAAGCUAACUUUAACUCCCUCUCCUUCAAUUGACCAACUCUCUCAGUUCAAAAUGGAUACGCCAUAUCGAUCGAGUCCGCGAGGAUCUUUUGUCAACGAUUAUCUGGCCGUGGGGUUCAUCGUACGCAGCAGAGAGCCCGAGGAAGAUACUAACUCGGACGAUGGCGACCUAGAAGACAACGAUAAUGGUGAGAGCGUCGAUGAUGGGAACAAGCUGAAAACAAAGAGUACAGGCGAUGAGUCGAAUACAGUCAGCAAGCUCAGGAAGUUGUUGAUAUAA